AUGGUAAUCUUCCAUUGCAACGGAUGCCGGGUACAGCUACUGGUGUAUUACAGCAAUGUCUUAAAAGACCGUUCUCUCUUGCUUCAGAUCCUGCCCUACAUUGACGGGUUCAACCACGUCUCCAAGAUCGCGGCGCUGACAGACGUGGAGAUCAGCCUGGUCCGCGCCUGCGUGCAGAACCUGGUCUACUAUGGCGUGGUCACCCUCGUGCCCAUCUUCCAGUACUGUGCGGUUUACAGCGCAACGCCAAAGCUGAGGCAGCUCACCCGAUGCGCGGGACUGCAGAGGCAGUGCGUCGAGUUCUGUGCGAGAUCAGCGCGACAACUGCCCAAGGUCAGCGAUAUAUUCCGCAUGUAUGCUGGCAUGACAUAUGGCAGCACAGUCCGAGACCUGUGCCGGAGACUGCGCCCCCAGGAACUCCAUAUCAACGAGCGGAAACUGGUGCUGUUCGGAGUGCUCGAGGGCCUCAUCAGACGGGUCUACAAGUACCCGAUCACUCUAAACAACGACGAGUCAGUAUCAAUAUCCAGUGAGCACAGCACGUCUCCUGUUCGCACUUACAACGGGCUUGUAUGCGUGGACGAAUUAUGCUGCCAGGCUGGUUUGUCAGCUGCCCAGCUGGACGAUCAGCUAGAGAGAGACGCCAAUGUGGUAUUUGUCGUCAAGUGACGUCAUGUUACAUCAGUGGUGAGUUUAGGAUGUAGGAUUCUAAUCAGUAAAAUACCGUAUGACGUUAGUUAAGUAUCAAAUACAAAUAAUAAUAUUAUAUAUAAUAUUAUAAUGUAUAUAAUAUGCUAUGUUUACUAUUGGGGCAGCUCGGAAUGGGAUGCCAACGUCAUCAAUUGACUUGUACUAUCAUGGCAAUGGUUACGUUGAAUUAUUUUAUUACUAAACAAUAACAAAACGUGGCCCCAAAACUCGAGCAUUAUCUGUCCAUUGAUUGGUAAAAUUUUAAAUUCAAUCAAACUAUUUUUCAUAUGAUUCUAUCAAAACAUAUUUUUGUACUAUUUUGACUGGGUCACAUUUUGUUAAUAUUGAAAGUGACUUGUACAUUGAUUUGUUAAUUUCUAUGUGGCCUACAUAUAAAACUAAUUGUAAAUAAAUGUUGAUUAAUGGUAAAUCAGAGCUUUAUGCGUAUUUAAAUUUGUAAUAUUGUUAUUGUAUACUAACCAAGCAAUGUUGUGAGUUUGUGAACAUAGGUGUAAGUUUUAUAUUAUGUAAAUUGUAUCAGCUAAAGCUGUAUUUUGAUCUAUAAAACGAUCUCUGGCCAAUAUAACGUUUGUAAAAAGCAUUUAUAAUGUUAAGUAAAGGUGCCGAACACCUUCCAAAGGUUUCUGCUAUUGCCUGGCCUAAAUUUAACCAAUGUACAUAAAAAGGCCAGUUUUUAUAUAAGUUUAGACUAAGAUUCCGAUUUAGGUGUUUUGUAUGGUUAAUUUGAAGAAACGAAAUUUUCAGUACAAACAUUUUAACAUUUUUAGGAAUGAUUUAUUCACAAACAUUUUGUGAAUAUGAAUAACUAACAUAAAUUCAUAGUCUCAGCAGUAAAUCAUGGGAAAACUGAAAUGUAUUUGAGGUCAUCAGUUGGCGCCACUGUUGAGUAAGUUUCUGGCACGCUAGUGGCGCCAACUAGUGAGCGCAAAUAACCCUCCAAGACAUUACAAAGAACUAUUUUUGAAGAAUAAAGAAUUCUAUUCUUUUUGACAUUGGGAAUUCUAGAAAUCAACACUUAUCUAUACAGUGUACCUACCAUGAGUUUACGUUAGGUGUGCUCGCUAGCGAAAACGUCAAAAACUCUAUG